AUCAUUGAAUUGGUAAAUCUAGUUCAGUGAUUUAUUGCAGAGUGCUAAGUGCCACUGGUACUGACAUUCAAUCUGUCUUCUCUCAAUAUUCACACGGGCACACAUGUCACAUGCGGCGUACCCACCUUCAUCGCAUAAAGUACGCAUGCUCAUCCAGUGCUAGUCUUGUUUCAUUGGUCACCCUUUGAUUCAGAUGACCACCGUGUCCAACUCUGGCAGCGAGCCCUCAGGAGGCGCUCUUAGGAACGCUAACACCAAGAAUUACAUUGUCGGCCUCGGCCUCCUCUUCGUGGUUGUCCUAUUAUGGACUGCGUCCAGUUUUUUGACGCAAGACAUGUAUGACGACGGGUACCAGAAGCCAUUCCUGAUAACAUACACCAACACCGCGUCAUUUGUCGUUUACUUGCUGCCAUAUAUCACACGAAGAUUAUGGGCUGAUCGAUGGGGUUCACCCAAGUCCGCAAGGUCAACCAUGGCUUAUCAGCCGUUGGAGCAAGAGCUUGAUAUCGAUGCUGAGCCUGCAGUGGAGCUAAUAGCUCCAAUUGAUCAGGUCGAUGGACCACUCACCGUGAAGGAGACCGCAAGGUUGGCACUCGGAUUCUGCUUCCUGUGGUUUAUUGCGAACUGGGCUUUGAAUGCUGCUCUGGCAUACACCAGCGUUGCAAGCUCUACAAUUUUGUCUGGCACGAGUGGUAUAUUCACUCUUGCCGUUGGACGUAUGUUCCGCGUGGAAACCCUAACAUUGGUCAAGAUUGGAGCUGUGCUUACUGCCUUUGUUGGUGUGAUCCUUGUUGCUAUAUCUGACGGGUCUCUCGAUGGCCAGCCAGAUGGAAUAGGGCCAUCAAUAAUUUACAAGGUUGCUGCCUCAUUGCCAGUUUUGGGAGACUUCUUGGCUUUGAUGUCGGCUAUAUUUUAUGCUCUCUAUGUCGUCUUCCUCAAGGUUCAGAUUAGGGAAGAGUCGAGAAUUGACAUGCAACUAUUCUUUGGGUUUGUGGGAUUUUUCAACAUAGUCCUAUCCUGGCCCGUGGGUGUCAUUCUGCAUCUGGUUGGAAUGGAGCGCUUUGAGAUACCUUCUACUCAUAAUGCUGUCGUUAUUAUUUUGUUGAAUAUGCUUAUCACCUUAUCGAGCGACUACCUAUACGUCAUUGCGAUGCUAAAGACCACACCUUUAGUGGUGACAGUCGGUCUCGGUCUCACCAUUCCGGUCGCGGUCAUCGGGGACUCCUUCCUUGGGAAGCCUGCCGCAGCGCGAGUACUGGCAGGCGCCCUGCUGGUUGUCAUAGCCUUCGUUGCAGUCGGCGUCGAGAACGCAAAGCCAAACGAGGGCAGUGACCUCCUUUCUGAGGAUUUCGUGGACGACACUCGUGCCCGGGUUCGGCUUGAGCAGUAAUAUCUUAUUGAGUGCCAAACUGCGGGGCGAGGUUCAUGUAAAGUUCAUUUUUGGUUACUAUCGACUGUACUACUUAGAUUAGAUCCAAACUUAGAGAGCACUAAAUGUAUAAUUUUGGUUUUCGAGACUC